GAAGGAGGACCCAGUGGUCAGAGGGGCUGAGCUCUUUGUUUGGGUUCCGUGGAAGGCAGAAUGGGCUGAACUGGAACUGACCUAAAUGUCCACCAAAGGAGUGGUCCGGCAUGCUCUGCCCACCGCACGCCGAGGUGCCCUGACCAUGAGCCUCAACUCCUCCCUUGGCCACAGGAAGGAGCUGAGCAACCUCACAGACCAGGAGGGUGGUGAAGGGGGCGCCGUCAUCACCGACUUCAUCACCAUCAUUAUCAUCACCAUUUUUGUCUGCCUGGGCAACCUCGUCAUCGUGGUCACCUUGUACAAGAAAUCCUACCUCCUCACCCUCAGCAACAAGUUCGUCUUCAGCCUCACGCUCUCCAACUUCCUGCUGUCCGUGCUGGUGCUGCCUUUCGUGGCGACCAGCUCCAUUCGGAGGGAAUGGAUCUUUGGCGUGGUCUGGUGCAACUUCUCGGCCCUUCUGUACCUGCUGAUCAGCUCGGCCAGCAUGCUCACACUCGGGGUCAUCGCUGUGGACCGCUACUAUGCUGUCCUGUACCCCAUGGUGUACCCCAUGAAGAUCACGGGGAACCGAGCUGUGAUGGCGCUUGUCUACAUCUGGCUCCAUUCCCUCAUCGGCUGCCUGCCCCCUCUGUUCGGUUGGUCAUCGGUGGAGUUUGACGAGUUCAAGUGGAUGUGUGUGGCGGCAUGGCACCGGGAGCCUGGCUACACGGUCUUCUGGCAGAUCUGGUGUGCCUUGUUCCCCUUUCUGGUCAUGCUGGUGUGCUACGGCUUCAUCUUCCGCGUGGCCAGGGUCAAGGCGCGCAAGGUGCACUGCGGCGCGGUGGUCAUCGUGGAGGAGGACGCCCAGAGGAGUGGGAGGAAGAACUCCAGCACCUCCACCUCCUCCUCCGGCAGCAGGAGGAAUGCCUUUCAGGGCGUGGUCUAUUCGGCCAACCAGUGCAAAGCCCUCAUCACCAUCCUGGUGGUCCUCGGGGCCUUCAUGGUCACCUGGGGCCCCUACAUGCUUGUCAUCACCUCCGAGGCCCUCUGGGGGAAGAACUAUGUCUCUCCCACCCUGGAGACCUGGGCCACGUGGCUGUCCUUUACCAGCGCCAUCUGCCACCCCCUGAUCUAUGGGCUCUGGAACAAGACAGUUCGCAAGGAGCUGCUGGGCCUGUGCUUUGGGGAUCGGUACCACCGGGAGCCAUUCGUGCCGCGGCAGAGGGCCUCCAGGCUCUUCAGCAUUUCCAAUAGGAUCACAGACCUGGGCCUGUCCCCCCACCUCACAGCCCUCAUGGCAGGCGGACAGCCCCUGGGGAACAGCAGCAGCACGGGAGACACUGGCUUCAGCUGCUCCCAGGACUCAGGAACAGACGUGAUGCUGCUCGAGGACUACACGUCUGAUGACAGCCCUCCCUCCCACUGUACUUGCCCCCCCAAGAGAAGGAGCUCUGUGACCUUUGAGGAUCAAGUGGAACAAAUCAAAGAUGCCGCCAGGAACCCUGUUCUUCAUGUGAAAGCCGAAGUGCACGAGUCCUUGGACAGUUACGCGGCCAGCUUGGCCAAAGUCAUAGAGGCGGAAGCCAAGAUCAAGCUGUUCGGGGAGGAGGCGUUGCCCGGGGUCCUGGCCGCAGCACGGACGGUCCCAGGGGCUGGCUUCGGGGGCCGCCGAGGCAGCAGGACUCUUGCGAGUCAGAGGCUGCAGCUGCAGAGCAUCGAGGAAGGGGACAUUUUAGCUGCAGAACCGCGAUGAGGGCCUCAGGGUGGACUGGCCCGCAGAGGGGCGCCCCGGGGAGGGACAUCUGGGGUGCAGCCCACUCGGAAAAACGCUGA